GUUCGGGUGGACAGAGCACUAUGAGGCGUAUAAGACGAAAGCGCAAGGAUAUCCUGACAGACUCCGUGCGGUCCGCGUACUACCGCGACUACGUGGAAGCCAUGUUGCUGGCCGUAGCCGAGGGAGUGAAUCUGGUGGGGUGUCUGGCCUGGUCCAUUGCCGACAACCUGGAGUGGACGGCUGGGUUCAUAUAUGUCAACCUCAGCACCCAAGAGCGGUCCUAUAAAGCCAUUUUUUUCGAACUAGCAAACCUCUUCGAGACCUACAUGAAGGAGUGA